CACUUAUCAGAUACGUUUUCUCUAUCUAUCACCAUACGGUCAAAACAUUCCUAUUUGGCCAUCCUAUAAUCCUAAAUUCUUCCACGGAUUUUGUGGAAGAAUUUUUCUUAUUUAUUUCGGUAUUUAUCUUAUAAAAUUUGCUGUGAAGGGUAAAUAAAUAAAAAUGGUGUUGACUAAUGAUGUGCAUCUUCCGGAGGAGUCCGAAUUGACCGUGCCAGAGGUCAAUUUAUCGGCUGCUACUUUGAUGGCAAGUUCUUUCCACUUGGGAAAAUACUGUGAACACGCUAACAAUGAGUUCAUGCUAUGCCGUAUCGAGGAGAACGAUCCCCGCAAAUGCAUCAACGAGGGGAAGGUGGUCACGGCGUGCACAAUGGAGUUCUUCCGGAAGGUGAAGCAGACGUGCCUCAGUGAGUUCGGUCAGUACGCCAACUGCGUCGACAAGAGCUCCGGAGACUUUAGCUUGAGUUCGUGCCGCAAGACCCAGGGCGUGUUCGACAAGUGUAUGCUGGAAAAACUCCAGCUGGAGCGCCCGGGCUUCGGCUACUUCACCGAAGCGCGCGUGCACGACACCAAGAGGCCGAAGCCCCAGCCAGAGCCGAAGACUAUAUACACUGACCCGACGCCGGCGCUGCCCGACGCGGAGCGCGACGCUGCCCGCCCCGCGCGCCACGGCUCACGCUUCUACUGGAUGACCGAGUAGACCCAUAUCGUUCGUGGGCGCUCAUCUUCAUCAAUCAAAAUGUAUAAAGUAACACAUUGGAACCCAGUAUGAAUUACUGCACUGAAGUACCCCCUUAACGGCCGCCAUAUUGGAUUCAUUAUGACGUCAAGCCUGAAAUCGAGCACAGCAAUGGAGUCGGCACCGUUUUUGUCGCGUUUUAAGAUUGGAUUUAUUUUUUCGCAAUAUUAAAGGCAAUGUCUAUGUAAGUUGAACGUAUCAGUUUUUGCUUAAGUCACGAUUAAUAUUGUAUCUCCAAAUCAUUAUUUGCCAAUUAUGUUGCAUAGUUGUAUAAGUGUAAUAUUAAUUUUAAGUGAAGCUUUUGUAACAAAUCAUGGUUUACCUAAUGUGUUAUUUUACACAGUGUAUAGAUAUUUAAAUUAUGUAGAAUAAAUUGUUGAAAUUAUAAUUUCUAGUUUAAUUAUU